AUGAUGGAGUUGUCAACGCAGGACUAUGCACUUUCAAACUGGUUGAAGGUGCCGUACAAGCAGAUUGGGCCAGUGCCUGCCACCUACAUCUGCCGCCGCUACCAGAAGCCGGCCCAUUGGGUGUACCAGUGCCAAUUCAUGGUCAACGGAAAGCCGGCUUCAAUCAAGAAGGCCAAGGGGAUUCCUCAGACCAUGAUGACUGAGCAUUUUUAA